GAGGGAGGGGCCACUUCCGGUAGGGGCAAUGUAUUACCAUUCCUACCUCCACAGCCAUUCUUUAUCGUUCUCCGCUUGUAGGUCACACAGCCUAAAGUUAAACGCUAGCCAUGAAUUCUCCUUUCCACGACCGUCACAGUUACACCUGAAGGCAGAGGUGGGGAAGUCAUGCAGUGCCGAAGGCGCAGAUCGCAGAAACUUCUGUCAAGCAGGAACCAGGGGCUUCCGCCCCGGGAAAGGAGGUUCCGCCUCUCACGUCACUUCCAUAAACAAAGGGCGCUGCGGAGGCGCGGGUCGGGGGCUGUGAAUCCCGCAGUAACUGCUGCUGUAGUGCUGCCUUCUGGAGCUCUUCGCUCCUUGCUGGUUGAGGAAAGGAACCUUGGCCUUCUUCUUCAUCGGAUUUUAAGACGCUGCCCUUGGUGCAGCAGCAGUAAGGAACUCAGGACAAUGGAAGAGCGGAAAGUGAAGAGGAGGAGCCCAAAGUCUUUUAGUGCCCACCCUACUCAGGUUGUUAAUGCCAAAAAAAAUGCCAUUCCAGUAAGUAAAAGCACAGGGUUUUCAAAUCCUGCAUCACAGUCAACUUCACAGCGACCAAAGUUAAAAAGAGUGGCGAAAGAGAAGACCAAACCUCAGACUGGGGAAGGGAAGGGAGCUCAGUCGACUCCAAUCCAGCACUCCUUCCUCACUGACGUCUCAGAUGUGCAGGAGAUGGAGCGAGGGCUCCUUAGUCUUUUGAAUGAUUUCCAUUCAGGAAAGCUUCAAGCCUUUGGAAACGAGUGUUCCAUAGAGCAGAUGGAGCACGUUCGGGGAAUGCAGGAGAAACUCGCGCGCUUGAAUCUGGAGCUCUACGGGGAGUUAGAGGAGCUUCCUGAGGACAAGAGGAAGACGGCCAGUGAUGCCAAUCUGGACAGGCUGCUGUCUGACUUAGAAGAAUUGAACUCUUCUAUGAAGUGCUCAUUAUACAAGGAAAACCUUCUUAACUGAUGACUUCGGACAAAAACUGCACUUGGCGGAUGCACAGGAUGCGCCAAGCUCUUCAGCCAGCUGAACUGAAGUGCGACCCACGUUCCUGGAUCCGCAGCAGCAAAGCUGCGUUCUUCGUCCCCAGCUGAAUCCAGUAGCGGGAAUCUUCGCGCACCACAGGAACUACAGUAAUUAAAGUGCAAGUCCAACUGUCAUCUGCUUCUAGUAAGUCCGCUUGCUGUCCUGCACCACAGGUGAGGUCUAGGCCUCUCCGGCCGUCCAUCUGGAGAUGCCGUGCGGGCUCCCGCUGCUCACUUCCUGCUGUUGCCUUAUGGGUUCUACUUGAAGUGCAUUGUGCUCAAAGUGCUCGCCAGGGCUGCAGGCCGCACCCUCCCUGAGCCGCUGAUACCCCAGCGCAGACCCUAAGUUGACACUGGGUCGUAGGCUUCUUGUGGCAGCUCAGCUUCUGUUUACCUUAGACAAUCAGCACACGCGCAGGUGUGUAUUCCAGUGGCCAGUGACGACAAAAUGUUAAAUGAGUAUCUUGUAAGAUUUGCUAUUUUUAAUAAAGUG